UGAACGGACCUCAAUCAAUAUGACUUUCACCGAAAAUGCCAAAGACAGUUUACGGAGUUUCCUCAUCGGUUGCGGCGUAGUUUCAAUAUAUGUCUUCUGCUCGGUGCCAUCGAUAGGAGAGAUACCAUCAUUAGAAUAUUUUGUAAUCUCGUUCUUGGCCUAUGCCAUUGUAAUCAAUGUAGCAUUUCUAUUCCUGUAUCAGUACGGAACAACCAGGUUUCAGGUUGCAUGGCGUGGUGGAAUGCUGGGCAUCUUCUUCGGACUUGGCAGUCUAAUCAGUUGCAGUCCGCAACCAUUCUGUCAAUUUGGUUGGUACCUCGUUACAUUGAGCUUUUUUCAUUGGUCGGAAUACUUCAGCACAGCUGUUACGAAUCCCAGACACACAUCUCUGGACUCGUACCUUUUAAAUCACAGUGCCGCCUAUCAGAUUGCUGCAGUGGCUAGUUGGCUGGAAUAUCUUAUUGAAUGGUAUCUUUUGCCUGGUCUAAAGCAUUACUCAUUCAUUAGUAUUACUGGCCUUAUCAUGGUGGUGCUCGGAGAAGCAUUGAGGAAAGGAGCUAUGUUUACUGCUGGCACAAACUUCAAUCAUUACGUUCAACACGUGAAGGAAGAGGGACAUGUCUUGGUGACUGGUGGUGUCUACAGCUAUUUCCGGCAUCCAUCAUAUGUUGGCUGGUUUUACUGGAGUAUUGGCACGCAGCUGAUACUUUGUAAUCCAUUCUGCCUCGCUGCUUACACCAUUGCCUCAUGGAAAUUCUUCAAAGACAGAAUCGACCAUGAGGAAAUUACAUUACUGAAUUUUUUCGGGGAGCAAUACUUGGACUAUCAGAAAAAAGUUGGAACAGGUUUGCCAUUUAUCAAAGGAUACAGAAUAGAAAUUUGAUAAACCUCAUGACCUCGGCUUCAAAUCUAUAUAGUGAUUGUCUUUGAAGUGCAUCUUUCCUCGCCACUAUUUUUUUUCUGAAUAUAAAGAUAUAAGAAUAAUGGAUUCCGUAUUUUAGUUUGGUUAGACAUAUGUUUAUCUACUCUUUUGUAUUCUGUACUGUCUUGCUAUGAGAAAUUGCAUGGGCAUUUUUCAAGUGGAAAAGUAGCAUCACCUGAGUUCGAAAUGUGAAGUUUCUUUGUAAAAUACCCUGUCUGUCAGUCCGUCUAGCCAUCAGUUUGUCAGUCUGUCUGGCCCCUUGUGAGCGCGAUAGCUGGAGAAGUUGGCCACAUAUCAAAUCCAAAUUUGGUGUGUACGUAUGUAUUUGAACCCUAUCGAAAAGUAGGUCACCAUGUGAAAAUCCAGGAUGGCUGCCGCCUUGCGUGUUGAAAUCUUGCAAGUGCACUCGGAGCAAGAUAUCUGGAGAAGUCGGCAACAUAUUAAAGCCGAAGUUGGUGGGUGGGUACAUUUAGACAUUAGGAAGAACCCUAUCGAAAAUUAGGUCACUGCGUCAAAAUCCAAGAUGGCUGCCGCCUUGCAUGUUGAAAUCUCUUGAGUGCAUUUGUGAGGGCAAUAUUUGAAGAAGUCUGCGACGUAUCAAAGCUAAAUUUGGUAUGUGGGUGCAUAUAGACAUUAGUAAGAACCGUAUUGAAAAGCAGGUCACCACCUUAAAAUCCAAUGGCUACCACCUUUGCUUGUUGAAAUCUUGUGAGUGCAUGUGUGAGCGCGAUAUCGGGAGAAGUCAGCAAUGUAUGAAAGCCAAACUUGGUGUGUUGGUAUGUAUAGGAAUAAGUAAGAACCCUGUCGAAGAGUAGGUCACCGCUUCAAAAUAGAGGAUGGCUGCCGGCUUAUGUGUGAGCGCGAUAUCUGGAGAAGUUGGCAAUAAAUUAGAGCCGAAUUUGGUGUGUUGGUACAUAUGGGCAUUAGUAACAACCCUAUCAAAAAUAGGGUCACUGCGUCAAAUCCGAGAUGGCUGCCGCCUUGCGUGUUUUUUUGGCCUGCUGAUAAAUGCGCGGUACUACUUUUCAUUAUGGUGGCUACUCACUUAUACAAGAGGCAUUGCAUUGAAAUCAGUGCCAUUAAGUUAUAGCACAUCUAAGUUCUAUCGAAAGGUUUAAAGGCCUACGCCGUUUGAUAAUGAAACGGCCAGGGGCCAUUGUGCUCACCGUAAGUAUUUUUAGUAGACAGUUACAGAAAGUGCUACAGUAUGUAGGCCUCUCAUAAUUUAUACAUGCAUCUGUGACCAGUUCAGAGCCGGCCCUGGCCAAGUGGUGAAUCCGAGACUUGUGGUUCCAAGCUUGUAGAGUCUAGGUGAAAAUGAUAGUGAAGAAAUGUGCCACUCCAUGACAAUGGUGAAUAUAUUUUUAACUUUGACCUCAGUGACCCUGACAGGUAGGUCAAAUAACAAACCAGGGUGAUAUGUGAUGUAGACACAUCCACCUGACCAUAACAAUUUCAUCACUCGUUACACUACAGCAAUCGGCAAAAAACGAUUUCCAAGAUGGCCGCCUAAUUCAAUCUAUGGCACCAAAUAAAUCAAAAAAUGAAGAAAAUGUAAGAUAGAACUCAGAAAAGAAAAAAGGAAAAGAUGAAAAAUAAAAAUAUUUUUGGCUGUCCUUGACCGGGGUUUGAACUCACGACCUUUGGAUUGCCACAAUACGAGGAAAAACCCACAAAACAUGCAAUUUCGGCCAUAUUUGAAUUUCGAUCUGGCUGAAACUUGGCAUACAAAUAGUGGCUUCUUAGAUGCAUCAUUACACAAAAUUAAAACUCUUUACAUUGAACAACGACAAAACGUACCAAGAACGGUAAAGUUUUCAACUUUGACCUCUGUGAACUUGAAAGGUGGGUCAAAUCAAAAACCCGUAAGAUAUGUGAUGUAUCCUUGCUGGGAGUACCUACCAUGAAACUUUUAUCAAAAACAAAUCAGUAAUAAGCGAGAAAUCACACUUUUUGAGUUUUGAGUUUGGGCCCCCUGGUGGCCAAGUUGAUAAUCAGACCGAACCAAAAUUCAGUGUAAAAGGUCAACUGACCUAGGGGGUCAUUUGUUCAAAGUUUCAAGUUCAUAACUGUUGCGGUUGAGAAACGUGCCAUAGUUACACUCAAACGGCAAAUUUACGCCAUUUGACCUCUGCGACCUUAAAAAGUAGGUCAAAUCCGAAAACCGUGCCACAUCUGAGGUAACCUUGCUAGGGGUCCCUGCCAUAAAAAUUUCAUUAAAAACAAUUUGCUAAUAAGCAGGCUAUUGCACUUCUUACUUUUUCUGUUUUGGCCCCCUGGUGGCAAAGUCAAUAAUCAGAUCAGGCUGAAAUUCAGCACCAGAGGUUAUCUGAUAUAGGGGGUUAUAUGUACCAAGUUUCAAGCUCAUAGCUUUGGUGGUUGAGAAACGUGCCAUAGUUACACUCAAACAGCCAAUUCACGCCAUUUGACCUCUGCGACCUUGAAAAGUAGAUCAAAUUAAAAACCCGUAAGAUAUAUGAUGUAUCCUUGCUAUGAGUACCUACCACAAAAGUUUUAUCGAAAACAAGUCACUAAUAAGCGAGAUAUCACACUUUUUAGAUAUCCACAUUUGGCCCCCUGGUGGCCAAGUAGAGAAUCAGAUCGGACAGAAAUUUAGUGUCACGGGUCAUCUGACCUAGGGGGUCAUGUGUACAAAGUUUUAAGUUCAUAGGCCUUGCGGUUAAAAAACGUGCCACUGUUUUUAGCUCACCUCUUAGCAGAGGUGAGCUUAUCCCAUACCGUGGCGUCCGUCGUCCGUCGUCGUCGUCGUCGUCGUCCGUCGUCCGUUAGCAGGGCACGUUUCGUAACUGUUAGAGCUAUUGAGUUGAAACUUGGUACACAUGUACCCUUAUGUAAUGACACCUUGGAGACCAAGUUUCGGUCCGAUUCGUUUCAUGGUUUGGCCACCAGGGGGCCAAACGUUAAAAGUGAAAAUAUGCAAUAUCUCCCUUAAUAGUAGUCGGGAAAUUUUGAAAAAAAUAUGGUAGGUACUUCUAGCAAAGGUGCAUCAUAUAUCCUCCGGGUUUUUGAUUUGACCUCCUUUUCAAGGUCACAGAGGUCAAAUGGUGUAAAUUGGCCGUUAGGAUGCAACGAUGGCACGUUUCUAAACUGCAAUGACUAUUGAUACCAAAUUUGGUACACAUUUACCCCUUAGUCAGGUGAUCUCAGGGACCGAAGUUUGGUCCAAUAUGAUUCACCACUUGACCACCAGGGGGCAAAAUCCAAAAACCUUAAAAAUGUGAUUAUUCCUUAACUUCUUGCCCGAUUGCCACCAAUUUGAUAUCAUGGGUACA